AUGACAACGGAUCGGACGAUCAAACUGCCUAAAUUGCCGGCCCAAGAGGGCAGUUCAAAUAUGGAGUCCGCCAAGUCUGAACCCCUCAAGCCUUCUCACCCGCCCUCCCAGACAUCUCCUCCAAAGCCACCAAAGGAGAAAAAGAAGUCGUCCCCAAAGACCAAACGGCCCUCCCUCAACGACCCCGGAGAAUCCGGCUCAACUACGCUCACUCCCGCCCGCGCCAAUCAUCUUCUUCCUCCCGACCGUACUCGGCCUGUCAGUCCCGGCCCCGUCCAACAUAUCAGUGAUUAUCAGAAACAUAGUCUUACAUAA